UCCGCCGCUCCCGGGCUGCUCCGGUGCUGAGGCGGCUACCGGGAGGCAGGCAGCGAGGAGCUCGCCCUGGCGCUGUCCAACAUGGAGGAGCGGCCGGCCGCGGGCGUCGCCUGCGGACCUCGCUGAGCCCGCGCUCAUCCCCCCACUGCACCGGGCAGCCGAGAGGGCCCCGAGCCUCCCGGGCUGGGCAGCCUGCACGCUUCGGGGCGGACCCCGGUUGGCGGGGCUCGGGCGGCCGCGGGCUUCUGCACCGGGACGUGUCCCGCCGAGAGCCAUGGGCAACGAGGCGAGCUUGGAAGGGGAAGGGCUCCCCGAAGGGCUGGCGGCGGCCGCAGGCGGGGCUGGCGGCUCGGGGAGCGCCCUGCACCCCGGAAUCCCAGCCGGCAUGGAGGCGGACCUGAGCCAGCUGAGCGAGGAGGAGAGGAGACAGAUCGCUGCUGUCAUGUCAAGGGCGCAGGGGCUGCCCAAGGGAAGCGUCCCCGCGGCCGCUGCGGAGUCGCCUUCUAUGCACAGGAAACAAGAGUUGGAUAGUAGUCAGUCUCCCAAGCAACCCAGAAAGCCCCCGGACCCUGGGCGUCCUGCUCAGCCUGGACUCAGUAAAAGCAGAACUACAGACACAUUUAGGCCUGAGCAGAAAUUGCCGGGAAGGAGUCCGUCCACUAUUAGCUUGAAAGAAUCAAAGUCCAGAACUGAUUUUAAGGAAGAGCAUAAGCCUAGUUUGAUGCCUGGUUUCUUCUCAGACGUUAACCCUUUAAGUGCUGUCUCCUCUGUAGUAAAUAAAUUCAACCCUUUUGAUUUGAUAUCGGACUCUGAGGCAUCCCAGGAGGAAACAACAAGGAAACAAAAAGUUGCUCAGAAGGACCAAGGGAAAUCAGAAGGAAUCACAAAACCUCCCUUACAACAGCCCUCACCCAAGUCGGUUCCGAAACAGCAAGGGCCAGUGAAGGAAGGGAUACAGCAGGACCCCUCUCCCAAGUCAGCAUCUUCCCAACAAGCAGAAAAAAUAAAACCACAAGCCCCCAGCACAGGAAAGCCUUCCCAGGCAUCUUCCCAGCCUCCGCAGACGGACCAGACAAAGCUGCCUAUUGAAAAAGACGCAGCCAGGCCUCAGACUAAACCUUCAGAACCAGGAAAGCCUUCCCAGCAGAGCCCAGCCAAAACACCAGCUCAGCAAGCAAGUCCUGGGAAAUCUGCAGCCCAACAACCCGGACCUGCAAAGGCCACAGUCCAGCAGCCAGGGCCAACAAAGUCCCCAGCUCAACCUGCAGGGACAGUGAAGGCCCCAGUGCAACCUCCAGUGACAUCCAAGCCGUCAGUGCAGCAGGCUGGAGUGGAGAAGACUUCAUCUCAGCAGCCUGGGCCAAAGCCUUUAACUCAAACUCCUGGUCCUGGAAAGAUUCCACCAGGGCCAGUAAAGUCCCCGGCUCAGCAGCCAGGAACAGCAAAACUCCCAGCUCAACAAACUGGCCCACAGCCUCCAGCUAAGGUACCUGGGCCUACAAAGACUCCUCCAGCUCAGCAAUCUGGACCUGGGAAGACACCAGCUCAACAGCCAGGCCCAGCAAAGUCUUCACCUCAGCAACCGGUUCCAGCAAAGCUUCAGCCUCAGCAGCCUACCCCAGUGAAACCCCAGCCUCAGCAGCCAGCUCCUACAAAACCCCCACAACAGACCACUCCAGCAAAGCCCCAGCCUCAGCAGCCCACGCCAGCAAAGCCCCAGCCUCAACAGCCCACCCCAGCAAAGCCCCAGCCUCAACAGCCCACUCCAGCGAAACCCUCAGCUCAACAGCCCGCUCCAGCAAAACCCUCAGCUCAACAACAGCCUAUGAAACCGACAAGCCAAACGGUCUCUGGAAGACCUCUGCAGCCACCACCGACUUCUGCAGCACAGACUCCAGGACAAGACCUCUCCAAAACCAUCUGUCCCCUUUGCAACACCACAGAACUUCUGUUGCAUAGUCCAGAAAAGGCCAACUUUAACACGUGCACUGAGUGUCAGACCACCGUCUGUAGCCUCUGUGGUUUUAACCCCAAUCCUCACUUAACAGAGAUCAAAGAGUGGCUCUGUUUAAACUGUCAGAUGCAAAGAGCUCUGGGAGGUGAACUGGCUCCAAUCCCAUCCUCACCCAAGCCCAGCCCUAAGGCUGCCUCUGUACCUCCUGCAGCAGCGGCCAGCAAGCCACCGGUACCAUCACAGCCGGCUUCCCCCAAGAAGGAACCUCCACCUAAGGCUGCCUCUGUACCUCCAGCAGCAGCGGCCAGCAAGCCACCGGUACCAUCACAGCCUGCUUCCCCCAAGAAGGAACCUCCACCCAAACAGGACAGCCCCAAAGCGCCUGAAUCGAAAAAGCCACCGCCGCUGGUGAAGCAGCCAACCCUUCACGGACCUACCCCAGCUACAACCCCAAAGCCUCCAGUGGCAGAGGCCUUACCUGAGCCAGCCCCUCCCAAGGAGCCUUCUGCACCCCUACCUGAACAAGCCAAGGCACCUGUUGCAGAUGUUAAACCAAAGCAGCCCAAGACGGCAGAGCCGCGCGCUGACGUUCAAUCUUCAGCGGUGGCAACAACAAGGCCCGAUGUUCCGAGCUCUCAGGUGCAGCCACAGGCUCAAGUGCAAAUAGCCCCUCCUUUGAAAACGGACUCUGCCAAACCUUCCCACAGUUUCCCACCAACAGGAGAAAAAACCACCCCAUCUGAUUCUAAAGCCAUGCCUAGGCCUGCGUCAGACUCAAAAAUUAUUUCACAUCCGGGGCCCAGUUCUGAGAGCAAGGAUCUAAAACACGUUGAUCCAACUCACAGAAAGGAAGAGCCUAAGAAAGCACAAAUCAAGAUGAGUCCUAAACCAGAUGCCAAGCCAGUGCCAAAAGGGUCACCGACACCCUCUGGCCCAAGACCUACCCCUAGUCAAGUUGCACCCCCAUCUCACCAGCCCCUAAAGCCUCAGGAGCAACCAAGGCGGUUUAGUUUGAAUCUGGGUAGUAUCACCGACGCCCCCAAAUCACAACCCACAACUCCUCAAGAAACUGUGACAGGGAAGCUGUUCGGGUUUGGAGCAUCCAUCUUUAGCCAAGCAUCAAACUUAAUUUCCACAGCAGGCCAGCCAGGACCUCAUCCACAGACUGGGCCGGCAGCCCCAACGAAGCAAGCCCCGACUCCAUCACAGACCCCUGCAGCUCCUAAACCCACAGGUCAGCUCCCACCAGCACCUGCCAAGGCGCCACCUGUGAAGAAGGAAACAAAGGCUCCGUCCGCUGAGAGCUUAGAGUCCAAACCUGAGCAAGCUCCAGCAGCAAAGCGGCUAGAAAAAGACAAGAAGCCCCCACCCAGUAAGGUCAGCAAACCCCCACCGGCUGAGCCUGACAAGACCACCAAAUCGGAGCCAACCUGUCCGCUCUGCAAAACUGAACUCAACAUAGGCUCUCAGGAUCCUCCCAACUUCAACACUUGUACACAGUGCAAGAGUCAAGUUUGCAAUCUCUGUGGAUUUAACCCAAUGCCCCACUUGACGGAGAUUCAAGAAUGGCUUUGCUUAAAUUGCCAGACUCAGAGAGCAAUUUCAGGACAACUUGGAGAUACAGGAAAAAUGCCUCCUGUAUCGUCAGGACCCAAGGCAUCUCCUGUGCCUGCCCCUGCCGAACCACCGUCUCAGAAAACACCGAGGGCCCCUGUAAAAGAAAAAAAGAAGGAAACAGAAGUCAAAACUGAAACUGAAAAACUUAUUCCAGAAAAAGAGACACCAUUAAUUGAGAAAACCCCUGCAACGGUCACCAUAGAUCAAAAACCAGAAGAGAGUAAAGUGGAGAAAGGCAAAAUUUCGGCCUGGAAAGAAAAGAAAUCACCCUCUGAAGAGGAAAAACCACUCCCCGAAGAUAAAACGAGAAAGAAGCCACUUGACGAAAAGUCGGCACCUGCUGAAGAAAAACCACCCCUUGAAGGAAAGAAGCCAACCCCUGGAGAUAAGGAGUUACCCCCAGAAGUAAAGCCACUGGCCUUGGAGGGGGAAGAGAAACCUGAAAUACUUAAAGCUCAAGCACAAAUUCCUGAAGAGCCCACAGCAGGGGUGACCGCCAAGGCAGUGGGAGGAGAGGGGCAGCCCGAGGCCAGGACUGAAGAUCGGCCAAGGGACACACCUCAGACUUUGCCCAAGGAAGGAGGGAGGGAAAGCGGUGCAGAGAAACCGCCGCCGGCAGAAGGCAGCGCCAAAUCUGACCUGGUGGGGCCUGGCAAAGAAAAACCGGAAAAGGAAGAGGACAAGUCCGAUACCUCCAGUUCUCAGCAGCCCAAGAGCCCACAAGGUCUGAGUGACACGGGCUACUCUUCUGAUGGAAUAUCAGGUUCUCUUGGUGAAAUCCCAAGUCUUAUACCAAGCGAUGACAAAGAUUUGCUCAAAGGACUCAAAAAGGACUCUUUCUCACAAGAAAGCAGCCCUUCCAGCCCCUCGGACCUAGCGAAGCUGGAAAGCACAGUACUAUCCAUAUUGGAAGCUCAGGCGAGUACACUGGGUGAUAAAUCAGAAAAGAAAGCACAGCCCCAGAAGGUUUCUCCUGAGCAGCCUCAGGACCAACAAAAGCCUCAGAUCCAGUCUGAAAUGCUGGAUAUUACUAUUUCGCAAGAAGAGGUCAAAGAGAGCCAAGAAAAGAAAGAAAGUUCCAAAAGGGAUAGCCAACAAGGCUUUCCUUCCAGGAAGGACCAUAAAGAAAAGCCUGAGCUGGUUGAUGACCUGAGUCCAAGAAGAGCAUCCUAUGAUUCCGUGGAAGACAGCAGUGAAAGUGAAAACUCCCCUGUUGUACGUCGAAAGCGGAGAACUAGUGUUGGCUCCUCAAGCAGCGAUGAGUAUAAACAGGAAGACAGUCAAGGUUCUGGGGAAGAAGAGGACUUCAUACGAAAACAGAUUCUCGAAAUGAGUGCGGAUGAGGAUGCUUCUGGCUCUGAAGACGAUGAGUUCAUCAGGAGUCAGCUCAAAGAGAUUGGAGGUCUUCCUGAGAGCCAGAAAAGGGAAGAAGCCAAAGGCAAAGGGAAAAGCACAGUGGGGAAGCACAGACGACUGACUCGCAAGAGUACCACUAGCUUUGAUGAUGAUGCAGGGAGACGUCAUUCCUGGCAUGACGAGGACGAUGAAACAUUUGAUGAAAGCCCUGAGCUCAAAUUCCGAGAAACUAAAAGUCAGGAGAGCGAAGAACUUGUCGUUGCUGGAGGCGGAGGGUUACGUCGUUUUAAGACGAUCGAACUCAACAGCACGACAGCAGAUAAAUACUCCGCGGAAUCCUCUCAGAAAAAAACAACUUUGUAUUUUGACGAAGAGCCAGAAUUAGAAAUGGAAAGCCUGACAGACUCACCUGAGGACAGAUCUCGGGGAGAGGGCUCCUCUAGUCUCCAUGCAUCCAGCUUCACUCCUGGCACGUCCCCUACAUCGGUGUCGUCACUUGAUGAGGACAGCGACAGCAGCCCCAGCCACAAGAAAGGGGAAAGCAAACAGCAGCGCAAAGCGCGGCACCGAACACAUGGCCCUCUCUUGCCCACCAUCGAAGAUUCUUCGGAGGAAGAAGAAUUGAGAGAGGAAGAAGAAUUGCUCAAAGAGCAAGAGAAGCAGCGGGAAUUGGAGCAGCAACAAAGGAAGAGUUCUAGUAAGAAAUCAAAGAAAGACAAAGAUGAACUUCGAGCUCAGAGAAGGAGAGAAAGACCCAAGACGCCACCCAGUAAUCUCUCCCCCAUUGAGGAUGCAUCUCCCACAGAAGAACUGCGCCAGGCGGCAGAAAUGGAGGAGCUCCAUAGGUCCUCUUGUUCUGAAUACUCACCUAGCAUAGAAUCCGACCCGGAAGGGUUUGAAAUAAGCCCUGAGAAAAUAAUCGAAGUUCAGAAGGUUUAUAAAUUGCCAACAGCCGUGUCUCUGUACUCACCCACAGAUGAGCAAUCUGUGAUGCAGAGAGAAGGUGUUCAGAAGGGCCUGAGGAGUGCCGAGGAGAUGUAUGAAGAAAUGAUGCAUAAAACCCACAAAUACAAGUCCUUCCCAGCUGCAAGUGAGCGAGACGAAGUGUUUGAAAAAGAGCCGCUGUAUGGAGGCAUGCUAAUAGAGGAUUACAUCUAUGAAUCUUUAGUGGAGGACACAUACAAUGGAUCUGUAGAUGGCGGCCUGCUCACCAGGCAAGAAGAACAAAAUGGCUUUCUGCAGCAGAGAGGGAGAGAGCAAAAGAUAAGACUCCCCGAACAGAUUUAUGAUGAUCCUAUGCAGAAAAUUACAGACCUCCAGAAAGAGUUUUAUGAGUUAGAAAGCUUACAUUCCAUUGCGCCUCAAGAAGACAUAGUUUCGAGCUCGUAUAUCAUUCCAGAAAGCCACGAGAUAGUGGACCUGGGCACCAUGGUAACUUCUACCAGUGAGGAGAAGAAAUUAUUAGAUGCUGACGCUGCCUAUGAAGAACUUAUGAGGCGGCAACAGAUGCAGGUAACAGAUGGAUCCAGUCCUCUGCAGACCACCGUCGGGGAUGACAUGACAGAGUCCACUAUGGAUUUUGACAGGGUGCAAGAUGCAUCUUUGACAUCAAGCAUCCUUUCUGGAGCAUCUCUUACGGACUCAACCAGCAGCGCCACUCUCUCUAUCCCAGACGUUAAGAUAACCCAACAUUUUUCAACAGAAGAACUUGAAGAUGAAUAUGUAACUGAUUAUACCAGAGAAAUUCAAGAAAUAAUUGCCCAUGAGUCACUGAUAUUGACCUACUCCGAGCCUUCGGAAAGUGCUGCGUCUGUCCCCCCGUCCGACACACCUUCUCUAACGUCAUCGAUUUCUUCAGUCUGCACCACCGACAGCUCCUCACCCGUCGCUCCCCUGGACAGCGUAACCGCUGCUUAUACAGAGCCAGCGGGAGGAAUAACUAAAUUUGAAGACUCUGAGGAAAUUUCUUUCUCAACUUAUUUUCCAGGCAGUGUCAUAGACUACCCAGAAGACAUAGGCGUGUCCUUGGAUCGGACCAUCGUGCCUGAAAGUCGAACUGGUGGUGAGCAUGUUGUGAUUUCCUUCUCUAGUGUGGCCCCUUCUGUCACAGAAACUGUAGGACCUAAAGCUGACAGGCCACACGCUGACACUGUGUCCACGGACUUACCUACAUCUGAAAAAGAUACCAUGAAAGGCAAGACAGAAACUGGGGAUGGAAUUAUUCUAGAGGUUUUGGAUGCUUACAAAGACAAAAGGGAAGAGUCUGAGGCUGAAUCCGCAAAAAUCAGCUUACCUGAAACUGGGUUGGUCCAAACACCUCCUUCCGUAAUAGCCCCUCAGAUGAAAGAACAGCCUGUAUCUCCAUAUUCUGUAUCUGGAAAGGUCUCCAGUCAGGAAAAGCCCACAUAUAGGUUACCAUCAGCUGGUCCUCCUGUUUCUACCCACCCACCUAAAUCUCAUCCAUUUUUCCGAAGUUCUUCUUUGGACAUAUCAGCCCAGCCACCCCCUCCUCCACCAUUGCCCCCAGCAACUUCACCUAAGCCAACCAUUUAUCCUAAAAAAAAGUUGGCCGCUCAAGCUCCAGUGACUCCAACAACUAUCGCUACAACCCACGUUGAUGUUGUUACUACAGUGGAGGUCACGGCUGCUCGGAGGAGUAAUGGGCUACCUGCAACCAAAGUAUGUGCCUCCGCACCGCCUCCUGUCCCUCCAAAGCCUGCUUCAAUUCCAACUGGACUUGUGUUUACACAUCGGCCAGAACCGAUCAAACCUCCAAUUGCCCCCAAGCCAGUAGUUCCUCAGAUUCCGGUUACUACACCAAAAACAACAGACACAUGCCCCAAACCAACAGGUCUGUCUUUAACUUCAAGUAUGUCCCUGAAUUUAGUGACUUCAGCAGAUUACAAACUGCCUUCCCCUACCUCUCCGCUUUCCCCACACUCCAAUAAAUCCUCACCAAGGUACUCUAAGUCUCUAAUGGAGACGUACGUGGUUAUCACAUUGCCCUCUGAACCUGGGACUCCAACAGAUUCUUCUGCUGCCCAAGCCAUUACCAGCUGGCCCUUGGGAUCACCCCCAAAAGAUCUAGUUUCCCUUGAAACAGUGUUUUCUGUAGUUCCUCCUAUGACAACUACAGAAAUUCCAAGUUCUUCACAGCCAGCCCUGUAUGCACCAGGAGCUUUGGAGACAUUUUCAUCUGCCCCUGUUGUGACACCGUCUCUAUUUCAAGGAGCUCCAACAUCACUUACACAGUUCCUUCCAACAGAAGGAUCAAAAACCCAGGUUUCUGCGACCGGAAGCACAGCCCCCAGCAUCGCUCCCAGAAGUGUUUCCAUACCCAUUCCGCCAGAGCCUCUUGCUCUAGACAGGCGUCCGUACAAGGAAAAUGGAAAGUUGCCACUUACUGGUGAUGCCAUUGAUUUACGUACAAUACCAAAAACAGAAGCUAAAGCAGCUGAAAAAUGUAUGGAUCUUUCUGCCUCUGCAGUGGAGGUGAAAAGGCAGACCACGACAAAUGAAAUUUAUGGGCGACAAAUUAGCGCCAUCCAACCUUCUAUCAUAAAUCUCAGCGCUGCUGCCUCUUUAAUAACCCCAGUCGGCCUAGACUCCGAGACAGUGGCGGUUGUCACGUGCACUGAUACUACAACUUACACAACAGUCACGGGAAGCCAAGGGAGCGGAGAGCGCGCAGGGGCAGCACCCCUCCAGCUUACCGUUUCGAAACAUACCGAGUCACCCUAUAGGACAGCAGGCGGCCAGACAUUUCCCACGAUCAGAGACGAAGCACCAAUCAACUUAUCGCUAGGUCCCUCCGCUCAGUCAGUGACGCUGGCUGUUACGAAGCCUGUCACUGUGCCCCCUGUCGGUGUCACCAAUGGAUGGACUGACAGCAUCGCAUCUCAGGGGAUCACAGACGGAGAAGCGGUAGAUCUCAGCACAUCCAAGUCUCAUAGGACUGUUGUAACAAUGGAUGAGUCUACUUCCAAUGUGGUGACCAAAAUAAUAGAAGAUGACGAGAAGCCUGUUGAUCUGACCGCGGGAAGAAGGGCUGUGUGCUGUGACAUGGUUUAUAAGUUGCCUUUUGGAAGGAGCUGCACAGCGCAGCAGCCUGCCACUACCCUUCCUGAAGACCGCUUCGGUUACAGGGACGAUCACUAUCAGUAUGAUAGAUCAGGGCCGUACGGUUACAGAGGGGUUGGUGGAAUGAAACCUUCCAUGUCUGAUACUAAUUUGGCAGAAGCUGGACAUUUUAUCUAUAAAAGUAAGAAUGCUUUUGAUUAUUCUGGAGGCGCUGAUGCAGCAGUAGAUCUAACUUCAGGGAGAGUAUCUACAGGUGAGGUAAUGGAUUAUUCAAGCAAGACUACAGGUCCAUACCCAGAAACACGCCAAGUCAUUUCAGGAGUUGGGAUUAGUACCCCACAGUAUUCCACAGCGAGAAUGACUCCUCCCCCAGGACCGCAGUAUGGAGUGGGAAGUGUUUUGAGGUCAUCUAAUGGUGUUGUCUAUUCUUCGGUAGCAACUCCAAUCCCCGCCACGUUUGCUAUCACCACUCAGCCCGGCUCCAUUUUCAGCACCACGGUCAGGGAUUUGUCUGGCCUUCAUACAACAGAUGCACUGACUUCACUCUCAGCCCUGCAUCAAAGCCAGCCAAUGCCUCGGUCGUAUUUCCUAACAACGGGUGCAUCAGAAACAGACAUCUCAGUAACCGGCAAUGACAUCAAUGCCAGUCUGCAAACGAUGACUAUGGAAACUCUCCCUGCUGAGACAAUGGACUCUGUCCCUGCUUUAACCACAGCAUCGGAAGGGUUCUCUGAGGUGGUAGGAGAGGAAAGCACUCUUCUAAUGGUCUCUGAUGAAGACAAGCAGCAGCAGCAGCUUGACUUGGAGCGAGAGCUCCUGGAGCUGGAGAAAAUUAAGCAGCAGCGCUUUGCUGAGGAGUUGGAGUGGGAACGUCAGGAGAUUCAGAGGUUCCGAGAGCAGGAAAAGAUCAUGGUUCAAAAGAAACUGGAGGAGCUGCAGUCUAUGAAACAGCACCUCCUAUACCAGCAAGAAGAAGAGCGGCAGGCCCAGUUCAUGAUGAGGCAGGAGACGCUAGCUCAGCAGCAGUUACAGCUUGAGCAAAUUCAGCAGCUGCAACAGCAGCUACACCAGCAGCUUGAGGAGCAGAAGCUCCGCCAGAUCUACCAGUACAACUAUGACCCCUCUGCAAACGCCUCUCCGCAAACCACCACCGAGCAGGCCAUGUUGGAGGGUCAGUAUGCAGCUCCGGAGGGCAGUCAGUUUUGGGCCACCGAAGAUGCCACCACCACAGCUUCUACUGUGAUGGCCAUUGAAAUACCCCAGAGCCAAGGAUGGUACACUGUUCAAUCCGAUGGGGUGACUCAGUACAUCGCUCCACCCGGCAUCCUGAGUACUGUUUCAGAGAUACCUCUGACAGAUGUUGUGGUAAAAGAGGAGAAACAGCCAAAAAAGAGAGGUUCUGGAGCUAAAGUUCGGGGGCAGUAUGAAGAGAUGGGGGAAAGUCUGGCAGACGAUCCGCGGAACUUGAAAAAGAUAGUGGACAGUGGCGUCCAAACUGACGACGAAGAAACUGCUGACCGGAGCUAUGCCAGUAGGAGGAGGAGAACUAAAAAGAGCGUUGAUACCAGCGUCCAGACUGAUGACGAAGAUCAGGACGAAUGGGAUGUGCCUUCUAGGUCAAGGAGAAAAGCCCGUCCGGGGAAGUACGGAGAGAGCACCACAGAGGGUGACAAGACCAAACCCCUCUCCAAAGUCUCCAGUGUAGCGGUUCAGACAGUCGCAGAGAUAUCUGUGCAAACUGAACCAGUGGGAACCAUAAGGACACCUUCCAUACGAGCGCGGGUGGAUGCCAAGGUAGAAAUAAUUAAACACAUUUCAGCACCUGAAAAGACUUACAAAGGGGGCAGUUUAGGAUGUCAAACAGAAACAGAUUCAGACACACAGAGCCCUCCUUAUCUGGGUGCCUCCUCUCCACCCAAAGACAAGAAACGCCCAACACCUUUAGAGAUCGGGUACUCAUCAGCUCACCUUCGGGCAGACACCACAGUCCAGCUGGCUCCUUCCCCACCCAAAUCUCCCAAGGUCCUCUACUCCCCCAUCUCCCCACUGUCACCAGGCAAAGCAUUAGAAUCAGCCUUUGUACCUUACGAAAAACCCCUCCCUGAUGACGUAAGUCCACAGAAAGUGCUCCAUCCAGACAUGGCUAAAGUGCCCCCAGCAAGUCCUAAGACAGCCAAGAUGAUGCAGCGUUCUCUGUCUGACCCCAAGCCUCUGAGUCCUACAGCAGACGAGCGUUCCAGGGCUCCUUUUCAGUAUUCCGAGGGCUUCACGACCAAAGGUUCUCAAACCAUGACAGCCUCCGGAACCCAGAAAAAAGUCAAGAGAACACUGCCAAACCCCCCUCCCGAGGAGGCUACUACGGGAACACAGUCCGCUUACAGUACAAUGGGCACUGCGUCCAGGAGAAGAAUGUGCAGAACUAACACCAUGGCUCGAGCCAAGAUUCUCCAGGACAUAGACCGAGAGCUCGACCUCGUAGAAAGGGAAUCUGCCAAGCUUAGAAAGAAGCAAGCAGAACUUGAUGAAGAAGAAAAGGAGAUUGAUGCCAAGCUACGGUAUUUAGAGAUGGGGAUUAACAGGAGAAAAGAAGCAUUGCUGAAGGAGCGAGAAAAGAGAGAACGUGCCUACCUGCAGGGGGUAGCCGAGGACCGGGAUUACAUGUCGGACAGUGAGGUCAGCAGCACCAGACCAAGCCGAAUAGAAAGUCAGCACGGCCUUGAGCGGCCAAGGACAGCUCCUCAAACUGAAUUCAGCCAGUUCAUACCACCCCAAACCCAAACGGAAGCCCAACUGGUUCCUCCAACGAGCCCUUACACACAAUACCAGUACUCCUCACCGGCUCUUCCCACCCAAGCACCCACCCCGUAUACUCAACAAUCUCAUUUUCAACAGCAGACAUUGUACCAUCAGCAAGUGUCGCCUUAUCAGACUCAACCAGCCUUCCAAGCGGUGGCCACCAUGUCCUUCACACCCCAAGCUCAGCCCACUCCAAGCCCACAACCAUCUUAUCAGUUACCGUCACAGAUGAUGGUGAUACAGCAGAAGCCUCGGCAGACGACAUUGUAUUUGGAACCCAAGAUAACGUCCAACUAUGAAGUGAUUCGCAACCAGCCCCUGAUGAUCGCUCCCGUUUCGACUGACAGUACGUACGCCGUUUCCCACCUCGGGAGUAAGUACAAUAGCUUAGAUUUGAGAAUAGGGCUGGAAGAAAGGAGCAGCAUGGUGAGCAGUCCAAUAUCAAGCAUCUCUGCAGACUCUUUCUAUGCAGAUAUGGACCACCACACUUCAAGGAAUUACGUCCUAAUCGAUGACAUUGGAGAGAUUACCAAAGGAACAGCGGCACUAAGCACAGCAUUUAGCCUCCAUGAGAAAGAUCUGCCCAAAACAGACCGUCUCCUUAGAACCACCGAGACCCGCAGGUCUCAGGAAGUGACCGAUUUCCUAGCACCUUUGCAGACUUCCUCCAGACUGCACAGCUAUGUGAAGGCAGAGGAGGACCCGAUGGAGGAUCCUUACGAGUUAAAGCUUCUGAAACACCAGAUUAAGCAAGAAUUCCGCAGAGGCACCGAGAGCCUCGACCACCUUGCUGGUCUUUCACAUUAUUACCACGCCGAUACUAGCUAUAGACAUUUCCCCAAGUCUGAAAAGUAUAGCAUCAGUAGACUCACCCUUGAAAAGCAAGCAGCCAAACAAUUGCCACCAGCCAUACUCUACCAAAAGCAGUCAAAGCAUAAGAAAUCGUUAAUUGACCCUAAAAUGUCCAAGUUUUCACCUAUUCAAGAAAGCAGAGAUCUUGAACCCGACUAUCCAAGUUAUAUGAGUUCUAGCACUUCAUCUAUUGGUGGUAUUUCUUCUAGGGCAAGGCUUCUUCAAGAUGAUAUCACAUUUGGUCUCAGAAAAAAUAUUACAGAUCAACAGAAAUUCAUGGGCUCAUCACUUGGGUCAGGACUGGGCACAUUAGGAAACAGCAUCAGGUCAGCUCUACAGGAUGAAGCAGAUAAACCAUACAGCAGCGGAAGCAGGUCCAGGCCUUCCUCGAGACCUUCUUCUGUCUAUGGGCUUGAUUUAUCGAUUAAGAGGGAUUCUUCCAGCUCAUCGUUAAGACUGAAAGCUCAAGAGGCCGAAGCUCUCGAUGUCUCCUUCAGCCACUCGUCAUCUUCUUCCAGAACUAAGCCCACCAGUUUACCCAUCAGCCAGAGCCGAGGAAGAAUACCAAUUGUGGCUCAGAACUCGGAGGAAGAAAGCCCCCUCAGUCCUGUUGGCCAGCCAAUGGGAAUGGCCAGGGCUGCCGCUGGACCACUGCCCCCGAUAUCUGCAGACACCAGGGAUCAGUUUGGAUCGAGUCAUUCACUGCCCGAAGUUCAGCAACACAUGAGAGAAGAGUCACAGACAAGAGGGUAUGACCGUGACAUAGCGUUCAUCAUGGAUGAUUUCCAACACGCUAUGUCUGACAGCGAAGCCUACCACUUGCGUCGGGAGGAAACGGAUUGGUUUGAUAAACCCAGGGAGUCUCGCUUGGAAAAUAGCCAUGGUCUGGACCGGAAAUUGCCAGAAAGAUUGGUUCACUCUAGACCCCUCAGUCAACAUCAAGAGCAGAUUCUGCAAAUGAAUGGCAAGACGAUGCACUACAUCUUUCCUCAUGCAAGAGUAAAAAUAGCCAGAGACUCGAAGGAUCACACAGUUUCAGGUAAUGGGCUAGGAAUUAGAAUUGUUGGUGGUAAAGAAAUCCCUGGACAUGGUGGAGAAAUUGGAGCCUAUAUUGCUAAGAUUCUUCCGGGUGGAAGUGCAGAACACACGGGAAAACUUAUAGAAGGGAUGCAGGUUUUGGAAUGGAACGGGAUCCCCUUAACCUCUAAGACAUACGAGGAAGUACAGAGCAUCAUUAACCAGCAAAGUGGGGAAGCAGAAAUAUGUGUAAGACUGGACCUCAAUAUGUUGUCCGAUUCAGAAAACCCCCAGCACCUGGAACUGCACGAGCCACCAAAAGCUGUGGACAAGGCAAAGUCCCCAGGGGUUGAUCCCAAGCAGUUGGCGGCAGAGCUGCAGAAGGUCUCACUCCAGCAGUCCCCAUUGGUCAUGUCGUCAGUCGUGGAGAAAGGGUCUCAUGCUCAUUCAGGUCCCGCGUCAGCCGGAUCCAGCUCUGUUCCCAGCCCUGGGCAGCCAGGGUCACCCUCUGUGAGCAAGAAGAAGCAUGGUAGCAGCAAGCCUACUGAUGCAGCAAAGGUUGCCUCUCAUCCAAUUACAGGAGAAAUUCAGCUUCAAAUCAACUAUGACCUUGGAAACCUCAUAAUACAUAUUCUUCAAGCAAGAAAUCUUGUCCCUAGAGACAACAACGGCUACUCUGACCCUUUUGUUAAGGUGUACCUACUUCCGGGGCGAGGUCAAGUCAUGGUUGUCCAGAACGCAAGUGCUGAGUACAAGAGGAAGACUAAAUAUGUCCAGAAAAGUCUUAAUCCUGAAUGGAAUCAAACAGUAAUUUAUAAAAGUAUCUCCAUGGAGCAGCUCAUGAAGAAGACAUUGGAGGUGACAGUUUGGGAUUACGAUAGAUUCUCUUCCAACGACUUCCUUGGGGAGGUGUUGAUCGAUCUAUCCAGCACGUCUCACCUGGACAACACUCCUCGGUGGUAUCCACUGAAGGAACAGACUGAGAGCAUUGACCACGGCAAGUCUCACUGCAGUCAGAGCAGCCAGCAGUCUCCAAAGCCCUCUGUCAUCAAAAGCAGAAGCCAUGGUGUCUUCCCUGACCCAUCCAAGGACAUGCAAGUUCCCACCAUUGAGAAAUCCCACAGCAGUCCUGGUAGCUCAAAAUCAUCAUCCGAAGGCCAUCUCCGAUCUCACGGACCAUCUCGCAGUCAGAGCAAAACCAGUGUCACUCAAACCCACCUGGAAGACGCAGGGGCUGCCAUAGCCGCGGCCGAAGCCGCCGUGCAACAACUCCGCAUUCAACCAACGGCACCUAAAAGUGGGCAGUGUAAUCAUGCCAGGAAGCAGCACAGACACAGCAUAGCAGGCGUGCUCCCCAUGCAAAGAACUCAGUCUGGUACUCUGCCUCCACCAGCCAAUGGCAACCAGGACCAAAGCCAGCUAGCCCUCAGGAAGGUGAUGUCCGAUGGACCAGUCAAGCCAGAAGGAGCCAAGCCCGCCAAUCACCGGCCUGCAGAGAGCUCCGUGUCCACCGGCUCCUCGGGCAGCAGCGUUGGCAGUGGGUACAGCGUGGACAGUGAAGGAAGCAGCUCCGCGCCAGGGGAAAGCAAUCUACUUCCUAUCCCAAGGAUAGGAAAGAUGGGACAGAAUGGACAAGACCCUGUGAAGCAGCCAGGAAUGGGGGCGGCAGACACAGAAGCCAAAACUCAAGUGAUGGGAGAGAUCAAGCUAGCCCUGAAAAAAGAAAUGAAAACAGACGGGGAACAACUAACAGUUGAAAUUCUCCAGUGCAGAAAUAUUACCUACAAAUUUAAGUCUCCGGAUCACUUACCAGAUUUAUAUGUGAAAAUAUAUGUGAUAAACAUCUCUACUCAAAAGAAGGUUAUCAAGAAGAAGACAAGGGUAUGCAGGCAUGACCGGGAGCCUUCCUUCAACGAAACCUUCAGGUUCAGCCUGAGUCCUGCGGGUCAUUCUCUUCAGAUUCUGCUUUUCUCCAAUGGAGGGAAGUUCAUGAAGAAGACGUUGAUUGGAGAGGCCUGUUUCUGGCUUGACAAAGUGGAUCUGAGGAAGAGAAUAGUAAACUGGCACAAACUGUUAGCCACGCCUACUCAAACACACUGAAGCUGUGUCUGCUCAGGGUGUGGAAGCGGAGCUCCGUAGCCUCAGAGGGAGACUGGAGUUGAACACUUCUGUGCUGAUCCAUGUUUUCAGGGGCAAACAUGGGGUAGGAAACAAGAAGCCAACACACCGCGUUGUUGUGGAUUACAACAUGCCUCCUAAAGUUCACGUGUUGGAAGCAAACCGAUGAAAACAGGCCCGAGACCCUGGAUUUCUCAAAGCUGUGAAGAGAAGCUGCGGAAGGAGAUUUGACUUUUUGACAUGGCUGUCUUGGAGCAGCCUGGGCUGAAGCUAAAGAAGAGGCAUAGAGGUUUUUCUAUGGCGGUCAAAGGUAAAGUGAAAGCAAUUGUUUGUGCACACAGAAACCUUGUUCCAAAGGACGGGUCGAGUGAAGCUCGGUUUUGAUAAGUACAAAACUCUUUGUCUUAUAUUCUCAUAAAACUUCCUGCUUUGGAAUUCUGACCUGAGAUGCACCUAUGAGUUGUCUACAGGACCAGAAGGUGACUGUGUUGAUGGGGAAAAUGAAGCAGGAGUUGUGAACAAUGGAUUUGGGAUUGGACCGUGCAUGUUUUCCCUAUGUCUACAUUAGGAAGCUAUACAGCGCUAGGUCUGGAUUCUAUCCGGCAGAAGCACAUCUCCUUUUGGUGUAAGUUAAAAUAGUGAAGAGUGAAGAUAAUCGUAGGUUAAAAUUAAACUGCAUUUACCUAGAAAUAAAACAAAAAACUAGUGACUGGAUAUUAAAAGAGAAUGCUGACCCGCAAAACAUGUACCUUGUUUGAAACCAUUACAGUCUCCAUAAUGUUCCACUAAGUCAAGGCACUUUCAGCACAUCAAGGCCUCUAGGUUAACUGGUGUGUCCUAUGAGGAGGUUUGCUCAUUCAUGAGGAGCUGCCCUACAUGCGUCAUUCUACGUAUUGCCUUCCUCCUGCAUAAUGUAUUGUCAGAGACAUCAAAUUAUUGUUCUGGCAAAAAAAAAUCAUAUUUAUCAUCUGACAUUGAUUAAACUGUUGUCACUUUCUAAUUUUUCUGUGGUUUUUCUCUAUUCUCAAUAACAAUAUAAUGAACACCCUGACAACACCCUCAAGUCCUUUCUCCUGUUCUGCUUUCUUGUUGGUGAUAUCAUCGUUAGAAAGCUAAUGUUGGGAAAGGCUGGGGGAGGGGGGGGAAUCAAUGUUGGAAAUUGAAAUACAUUUGAUCUAUUUUAAUAAUAUAGAACCAAACAAGCAAUGUGUGCAUCACCAAAACGAAGCACUCUCUCCCUAUCCACCACCAGUGUCAAUAAAUAAAAAGUAGCAUGAAGCCGCAGGACUUGCGCUCAGCCGAGGCUGAAGUCCUGGCGUCUGGUCCUGAUUCUGCUACUGACCUUUCACGUUACCACUUCUCAAACGCAGAUCAAAUUCUCUUCCCCCUAAAUAAUGGUGUUUUCCGAUCCCUCCUAACAGGAUGCCAGGAUGAUCAAAUAAAGAGGUCUAGGAACUAGGAAAGCACACUCCCAAAUACAAAUUGAAAAACAAUUAUUGUAUAGCUUUUUAAUUCACAAAUUUUAUACGUGAGAAACAACUUCCGACCAAGGAUAAGCAUGAAUAAAAACAGUAAAUUGUUCCAAGACUCGUUUUAUUCAACUUCCACUUUAAUAGACUUCCAUUUAACCUGAAAAAGAUAGAAUGUUAAAUAAAAGUUAUUUGUCAUACAAAAUUUUCUGAAGCCACAGCUCUUAUUCCACUACCACAUUCUACCCAAAAUAAACAAAAUUGUUUUUCAGAGUACUUGAACUAAAAACUGUUAGCUUAUUUAAGAUGAGGUUUUAUUGGGAUAGUAGGAAAUCAUCUCAAAAAUAUUGGCUGGAUAUUGAAUUUUCUCAUUUUUGGAAAAAAAAACAUUAAAUUUGAAAGUAAUGCAAGAUGCUAGAAGUAAACAUUUCUAGUAUAUGCCAAAUUGUAUAUCUUAUACUCAUUAAAAAAAAUACAAGUUCACUUUUUUUUGUCCUAAAAUACCAACAUUCUCUUUCCCUAUUUUCUUUCUUCUCCCCUCCCAAUGCAAUACCAUUUACCACUCACUGAUAGUCUUCUAAGUGAACAUGGGGGAUGCAAAUUUUCGAAGAUAGGAUAUUGCUAACAUUUAUUUUUAGAGACUACUAGAUAUAUUGGUGGUUGCCAUGGAUAUUUCCAGCAGACACUUGUACUGGAAACCUGUAACCAGUCACAACUGGGGAGGAAGGGGGUCUAAGAGGAUGUGGGACAUCAAAAGCUCUUCACAGGCAACUCGGGUCCAUCUCUUAGCCUGCUCUACAGUCUCUGGUACUCCGAGGGUUUGGUGGAAGGAUGUACAGUCAGGUAGCUUACUCCGUUCUUGUCACAACUUACACACUCAGAAGGCCCACCAGAACAAAAUCAACAGGAGUAGCUCUUACGCCUGAAAUAAUGCAAGCCCUUCUAGGGCAGCCGCCCCUCCAUUCCAAGGGAGUAGCCAUAGGGCUAGAUCAAUGAGAUCAAUCGAGAGUCAACGACAGGACUUCUUGUCAUGCACCAGCAUUCCCCUUGAAAAAGGUCCUGCCAGUGUGCAGCUGACCAGGCUCCUAGGUUGUAACUGGACUUGUUCUAUGCAACACCAAUUCCUACAGGAAUGCACUUGGAGGGAUGCCACUGGCCCUUCUCACCACGGAACUCUUUCUUUUUUAAUUGCAAAUGGGGCUCUUAGUGGUUUUUUUUUUACUUUUUUUGGUAAAUAACACAACACAUGAUUUUCCAUUUUUUUAUUUUAUGUUUUACUACUAGAAUUAGCUUUUCUAUCUUAACAGUAACAAAGUUUAUAAUCUCUAAUCACUAGGUUAUCAAACUUCUUGCAGCACUUACCCCUUGAGAAGCAUUUUGUUUUCCCUGCUAGUCCACUGAGUCAUCAGAGAUGGAAGUCGCUUGCUGGUUUAAAGAUGAGUAGUAAGGAAUCUUUCAACCGGAGAAGAAAAAGCACAGAGUGGAUUUUUAUAAAAACAGGGAAUUAUAGAAUCAUUGCUACAGAUGAUUACGUGACACUCGUAGCAAGAUGUUGGUGUUUUCUCUGGUUUUACUUAAUAUUAAGAAAAAUUUUGGUGAUUCUGAACUUGUUUGAUUAGCAUUUCUGUUCCAAAGAACAAUACUCAACAUUAAGAGAUAGCACUUGCCCUUGAUCCUUAAUACCGUCCAUAUUUUAGUAAUUAAUGAGAGUUAAAUAUACAUCCUCUGCAUAUCUAUGAGGUUGAUUUGGGGAAUCACACACACUUGCAUAAUUGUAUCCUGGGAAAAUUAUAGCUGGUAACCAGCUGAUAUUGAUUCUCAUUAUAGAAUGGCUGUUAUGAUGUUGGUGGUAGGCAUUGUAACAAUAGUGGUGGCAGUGAUGUGAAGUAAAAUAAAUGAUUUGUUACUAUAUUGUGCCCAAUUUAUGAGAAAUGAUUUAACCAAUGCUUCGUUUCAUUAAAAUACCAUAAAGAUGUCUAUAGUAUUUUUUUACUUUAUUAUUUAAAUCAUAACUAACAAUAUUUUUUAAAACUUAUUUUAAUUGCUAUAAUGUCAAAUAGUCCAAAAUUAGUCAACUACAGCAAAAUGUGUUUAUAAAUAUAUGUAUGACAGGAGAGACUUUCCCUCCUUUUGAGUUUGAAAUGAAAGUGAACGCUUGAUAACUCAUCAGGAGCUUUUCCCUGAAUAGCUGUUGGCCUCUAGUGUAACAAGAAUGAAUGAGUGAAGCUGACAGUCUCAUGGAAUAUGACAUAUCUAUGCUUUCUGUAUGUCUCGUGUAGCUGUUGUUAAAGAUGCACUGUCAACAAAAAUCAUUUAAUCAAUUUCUUUAUUCGAUAGGAAGCCUGAGAGCAUUUUCUGAAUCUGUUACCCUGUACAUAGCUAGACCUCUGAUAACACAGCAGCUGUUGAACUAACCCCAUCCUCUGGAAGUCAGCAUGUGAUUGUGAUUCUCAUUCAACUGUGUCUAUGUCUGUGUUCAGUGAUGUGCUCCGGUGCUCCCGUACUGACCAAUGUGUGUGCUAAUAUCUUACCAACAUGUCUCUUUCAAGGGGUGUUUCUUGUCUAAGUUUAAAACCUAAUAAAAUUUGUUUCCAAUAAAACAUGAAGUACUUGGAGAUGUGUCCCAUUUCUGACCAUGUGUUGCAUGCUUUCUUGGUGAUUUGCAAAUCUUUUUAUUAUUUCUUUGUCUACCUAAUACUCUGAAAAAAAUUUAAUGAACAAAUGCAAAUUCUUGGGCUAUUGGUUGUAUAAACUGACCUGAAAAUACAUGAGAAUUGUGUAGAACAAAAUGCUUGUAAAUCUGUCUUGAGUUUCACUCUAUGUAAAAACAUGUAUUGGUUUUGUGACCGUACACAAGUUGUAUCUUGAUAACUUAUGAAAACUGUGCUGUAUACCGGCUGUUGUAUCAGCCUUAUUAAUAAAUAUUGAAACUAUCA